CGAGUCGUGGUGUUACAGCUCUGGAAUGCUACUCGUCAACAUCUAGCUUUCGUUUCACCAUCAGCUGGAGCUGUUGGCGAUUGACCGAGAAUCCCUGAGGCUGUUUGUCAGCUCAUCUGCAGCUGAAAACGUGUCAAACCAUCAAUAUGGCCACAGCACAGUCGAUGCUACUGCUAGCUGUUCAUGUUCUACUCAUCUCGGAGUUCAUUCUGGCCAAGAGAGACUACUAUGAGAUCCUGGGGGUCCCCAGAGAUGCCACCGACCGUCAGAUCAAAAAGGCUUUCCAUAAACUGGCCCUGAAGCAUCACCCAGACAGAAACAAGGACCCGGGGGCAGAGGCAAAGUUCAGAGAAAUAGCAGAGGCUUACGAGGCGUUGUCGGAUGACAAGAGGCGGAGGGAGUAUGACCAGUUUGGCCACGACGCAUCGUCAGGGGAGGGCCAUGGAGGCGGCAACGAAAACUACAACUUCAGACAGCACUACCAGUCCUUCAACUUUGAUGACAUUUUCAAAGACUUUGACUCCUAUGGUCAACAUCAUCAACACCAGUUCCACUCCCAGGAUCAGGCACACCAGAAGAGACACUUUGACAGCCACUUCCAGGCUCACCGGGAGGCCAUGAACAGGCAGAGAAAGGGCUACCAGCAGGGGGCCUUCGGCAGCGGACUGUUUGAUGACAUGUUUGAGGACUUGGAGAAAAUGUUCUCCUUUAACACGCACACCUCCAGGACUGAGAACAGAUUCCAGGGUGCAGUGAAGCAGCACUGCAGGACAGUGACUCAGCGGAGGGGGAACAUGGUGACUACCUUCACCGAAUGCUCCUGAGGCUGCAGAAAAACGGCACACUUAGGAGAGGAGCCACUCGAGACACAGCAGGGCUUUAUUUUCUUUACUUGCUGUUUUGGAAUAAAAUGCUAAUUUAUUACCUUUUUUUUUGGCGAAGAGAAAGUCAUUGUGUUUUUGGUUAUUCAGUAAAUAUCCCAGCUGUUUUAAUAAGUGGCUGCUGUUAAGCAAUAACUCAGUCAAUGCUCACUGCAAGGAAAUAAGUCUUAGGAUCCCCUUUGUUUAGCUCUCCAUUUUCCUUUGUUUACUUGGCUUUUCUGAUGAUACAAUCUGAUAAGACUCCGACACGACCGAGGAUAAAGGAUCAGCUGAGGACAUUUUUCUUUUGAGGUCACCGGGGCAAUGAAAGUUGUUGGGAAUAACAGUUGUAAUACGGUGAAACUUUAAUUCUACAGAUAUUUGGGCAAUUCUACUAUUGUGUAUUUGUCAAACAAAAAAAAACCUUCUAGCAAUUUCAGGAAGUCUCACCACAGUUGCUUCCCAUGCUGUAACUUGUCCAGGCUGGCCAUCAUCAAUGAUACCUCAUUUUCAGUUCUCCGCGCGGAGCAGCAUCUACCUUCACUCGUUCAGGGCAGGAAAUUAGCUUCAGUCCCACGACAAAUCCUGGUAAAACGCAGCCGCCGGUGAGAUGCGUGAUGUCACCCAGCUGUGUUUGUCAGCUGUUGCUGUGAAUCUCACUCUGGGCUCAUUUACCAGCCAAGCUGAAUGGUUCUGAGGAGUUUUCCAAACUGGUAAUGUGCAAUAUUUAGCACCUUUGCUUGUCGUGUUGCCUAUCUUUUGAAAGACAGUGAUGUGCAAAUGUCCUCGUCUUAAGUUUGCACUUUGGUGUGUGUGUGUGUGUGUGUGUGUGUAGACUGUUGAUUGGAAAAUGUUUUGAACAAAUAAAUAAUUGCAAGAGAA